AUGAAUUUUGUGUACGUACUUAGUGGAUGGGAAGGAUCCGCAUCGGAUUCAAGAGUCCUUAGAGAUGCAAUUUCACGUCGUAAUAACCUCAAGAUACCAAUUGGGAAUUAUUAUUUAGUGGAUGCUGGUUAUACUAAUUGCAAGGGGUUUCUAGCACCAUAUAGGCAUACUCGAUACCACGUACAAGAAUGGGCCUAUGGUAGAAAUGCGCCUAGAAACUUUCGAGAAUAUUUUAACAAGAAGCACUCUUCAGCUAGGAACAUUAUUGAGCGUUGUUAUGGUUUAUUGAAGAAGAGAUGGGCAAUUUUGAGGAGUCCUUGUUUCUAG